UCACCGCGCUACACUCUGCAGCGGGACUACUUGCCGUAAUGACGGACACACGAGAGAAUUUAAGUAUGUAACCUCAACUGCGCGUGUUAACUAAAAAGGACUCGGAUCAACGUUGAAAUGAAGUUUUUUUAUGCGUUUGUAUUACUGUACGGUGUGUUUGGUGAUCCAGAUGAAGGGAAAAGAGUGAUGGAGGGAGAUUCUGUCACUCUACACACUAGAGUUACUGACGUACAGAAAGACGAUGUGAUAAAGUGGUGGUUUGUACCACCUGACGACUCUGCAAGUCUUAUAGCUUGCAUUGGGAAUCUAAUCCUAAUUAAAGAUAUAGCUGAUGAAAGAUUUAAAGAAAGACUGCAGAUCUCAAACAUUCAGACUGCAGAUCUGACCAUCAAGAACAUGAGAAUCAAACACUCUGGACUUUAUAAAGCACAGAUAAUAAGAUUUAGAACUGGAAUUAAAGAAAAGAGUUUCAGAAUUGUGGUCUAUGAUGUCCCACUUUCUACUCAUCCCAAUGCAGUUGAAUCCAAGACUGUGUUGAAAACUGAGGGAGAAUCUGUGACUCUAAAGACUGUUGUUCAAACACAGACCAGUGAUCUGAUAGUGUGGAGGUUUGGAGAUGAAGGUUCUCUCUUGGCUAAAGAUGAUAAAGAAGACGAUAAGAGCUCAAUAUAUGAUGCUGAUAAGAAAUUCAAAGGCAGACUGAAGCUAGAUCAGACCGGAUCUCUCAUCAUCAGUGCUGUCCAAAUAUCAGAUUCUGGAGAGUAUAAACUGAAGAUCAGCAGGAACACCGAACAGACAUUAUACAAGAGAUUCUUUGUUUCUGUCACUGAACCAGGUCUAUCUGCAGUACAAGCUACAGGAAUAAUCUGUGGGUUCCUGCUGGUUAUUGCUGUUGUUGCUGUGAUCAUGUAUCGCCGCAUUAAAUAUGAACAACAGAAACAAAAGGUUACAGUGAUGAUGGUGCCUGAGGGACAUUCUGUCACACUAGAGAUUCAUGUCACUAAACCUCAGUCUGAUGAUGUCAUCGAGUGGAUCUUUAGAGAUGAAGUGAUAGCCUCAUUCAGUAAGAACAACAGUGAUGAAGAGAGAUUCAUAGACAGACUGAAGGUGGAUGAUCAGACUGGAUCUCUCACCAUCAGAAACAUCAGAACAGAAGACGCUGGACUGUAUAAAGUAAAUAUCAGCAGCAGCAGUCCAGUGAAAUCAUUCCUUCAGUUCAUCACUGGUGGAGGACCAUCAUACCGUCAAUUCAAUGUUCUUGUCAAUGAUGAAGAGAGAGUAAAAUCAGUAAUGUUGGGAGGUUCUGUUACUCUAUACACUGAUGUUACUGAAAUACAGACUGAUGAUGUGAUUCAGUGGAGAUUUGGAGAUGAAGAAAAUUGUACAGCUGAAAUUACUGUAGGGACUAAACCCUCAUAUGACUCGACUGAUGAGAGAUUCAGAAACAGACUGGAGCUGAACCCAAGGACUGGACAUCUCACCAUCACAGAAAUCACAACUGAACUCUGUGGAGUUUGUAGAGCAAAGAUCAUCAGUAGUAGAGGAACAGAAUACAGAACAUACAGGGUUGUCAUCUCUGUGAUCGCUUACAAGGGAGAAUCUGUCACUCUAUACCCUGAGAGUGAAAUACAGAAAGACAGUAAAAUCAAGUGGAUGUCACAAGAAAAAAACAUUCUGGUAACUGGAAAGAAUGGAGAUGAUAGAGAGACCAAAUAUACAGAUGAUGAGAGAUUCAGAGACAGACUGAAGAUGAAUCAUCACACUGGAGAUCUCACCAUCACAUACAUGAGAGAGAGAGAUGCAGGACUUUACACAUUUCAGCAGAUCAACAGUGAUAGAAAGAUCUCAUGCAGAAUAUUCAGUGUUUGGGUCAAAGAGAGGAUAAAAUCAGUAGAGUCUGAAGGUUCUGUCAUUCUAUACACUUAUGUUAAUGAGAUUCAGAAUGAUGAUGUGAUUCAGUGGAGAUUUGGAUAUGAAGAAACUCUCAUAGCUGAAAUCACUGUAGGGACUGAACCCUCAUAUGAUAAGAGAUUCAAAGAGAAACUGAAGCUGGACACAAAGACUGGAGAUCUCACCAUCACAGACAUCACAUCUGAACUUUCUGGAGUUUAUAGAUCAAAGAUCAGAAGCAGCAGUAGAGGAACAGAAUACAGAACAUACAGGGUUGUCGUCUCUGGAUGCAGUUCAUGCCCAGACCCGAUGGCAAAGCCGAGAAUGGGAUGCGGUGACCUGACAAGAGCUAAGAGGAUAGAGCUGGAUAAUGGACGCGACAACUUUGAUUUUCCUACAAAAUUUCAAAUGCUAUUAGAUUGUUAAUGAUAAUCUUAAAUCUAUCAUUUUUUAUUUUAAUUAGCCUUGUUGUGCAAGCACUGUUGAGCUUGUGCAGAGGCAGCAGCUUUUGCCAGAGGGGAACUGAGGGGAACUGGAAUCCCCUGGUUGGGCCUGGGUUCUCCUGAGGUUUUUUUUUCUCGAUUGGGAGUUUUGGGUUCCUCACCACCGUUUGCAUAUUGUUUUGCACUAUCUGCCUGGCCGGGGGGGCUGCUUUAUAAUUCAGAAAUUAGAUAUAAUCACUAUUACAUAUAAGAAUUCAUAGUCCGUUUAAUAUUUGACCUGUGGUUCUCUCUCCUUUAUCUCAAAUGUGUGCUUUCACUGUGUGUGUGUGCGUCUAUGUCAAUGUUUGUGUGUAUGUAUGUUUGCAUAUUGUGUGUGUGGAGCAUUUGUAUGUCUGUCUUUGCUGUUUUCGCCUUUUUUUCUUGUUUUACAGGUAUAUAUGCCUUCAGUUGUUUUACUUGUAUUCAAUGUGUCUCAUGUACAGCUGCUUU